CCAGCCCUAGCAAAGCCUCCUCCUCUUGCUCCUCCUCCUCUUACUUUCUCCAUUACCGGCUUUAGACUGCAAGAGAUAGAAAGAGAGCCUUUGCAGAGCCAGGAUUAUGGUACCUGAAUUGGAGAAAGCGAAUGUCCGGAUGAAGAAUCCCGAAAAAGUAAAAAAUAUAAUCUCAUUGCUCAAAAAAGGUGGAGCAGAAAGACUUCAGGUCAUUUCUGAUUUUGACAUGACACUGACUCGGUUUGGGUUCAAUGGCAAGCGUUGCCCCACUUCACACAAUAUCAUAGAUAACAGCCGGGUCAUCAAUGAAGAUGGUAGAAGAAAGCUAAAAGACCUGCUCCAUUAUUACUAUCCUAUUGAAAUUGAUCCAUACCGAACUGUGGAAGACAAACUGCCUCUCAUGGUGGAAUGGUGGACCAAGGCCCACAACCUCCUGACCCAGCAGAGGAUUUUGAAAAGUGACAUCUCUGAGAUGGUGAAAGAGUCAGAUGUCAUGCUCAGAGAUGGUUUCAACACUUUCUUUGACCAGCUCCAUCAGAACAAAGUUCCCCUGUUCAUCUUCUCAGCAGGUGUGGGUGAUGUGCUGGAGGAAAUAAUACGCCAAGCCGGUGCGUUCCAUCCUAAUGUCAAUGUGGUCUCCAACUAUAUGGACUUUGAUGACAGUGGUGUCUUGCAAGGGUUCAAAGGGCCCCUCAUCCACACCUACAACAAGAACAAUACAGUCUUGAAGGAUACGGAGUAUUUCCAGCAGCUUUGUACAAGGACAAAUAUCUUACUUCUCGGAGACUCCAUGGGUGACCUCAGUAUGGCGGAUGGUGUUGCUGAUGUCGAAAAUAUCCUCCGGAUUGGUUUCUUGAACGACCGGGUGAAGGAACAGCGAGGGAAGUACAUGGAGUCGUAUGACAUUGUGCUGGAGAAAGAUGAAACGUUGGACGUGGCAAAUGGCAUCCUCAAUUUCAUCCUUGCCCAAAACCAAUCCACACCAACCCUUUACCCUUGACAAAAAAAACUGCCUUUGGGGAUGUUCUCUGUCCAUCUGUGUGUCCCUUAGUUCCUUGCCUGUUAUGUUGCCAGAUUCCUUUACUAUUCUGGCUGCUCCCAGAGGGCCCUUCCAGACAGACCCUAUAUCCCAGGAUCCGAUCCCAGGUUUUCUGUUUAUCCCAGAUUAUCUGGCAGUAUAGACUCAUAUCCAGUUUAAAGCAGAAAAUCAGGGAUGAGAUCCUGGGAUAUAAGCCUGUCUGGAAGGGCCCUGAGUCAUAGAAUUCACAAUUGACGAUGUUAUGUAAGUUUUUCCCCCUCUCAACCACCACAUCCUAGAUUAAAACAGAUUGUAGCUGUGCCAGGCAAAGACCCAUAGUUCAGUCAUUUUCUCUGCUGGUCAAAGUGGAGAAUAGACCAGCCACCUCUCGGGACUCCAAAAGCAACACAAUGCUUUACAAAUUUUUGAGGAGGGAAAUACUGUGGGUGUCAUUGGUAACAUUGGUAAACCUCUUUUCCUUGCCCCACAAUACAAAAUUAUUGCAAAAGUAAUGAUCUUAAAAAACCGAUGGGGUCGCAAUUAUCCAAAAGGAUAGAUAUUAUUCACUGUAAAACCAACUAGAUACAAUUGAAGGUAUGGGUUGUUGUAGGUUUUUCGGGCUACAUGGCCAUGUUCUAGAAGCAUUCUCUCCUGACAUUUUGCCUGCAUCUAUGGCAAGCAUCCUCAGGUUGUGAGGACCUCACAACCUCUGAGGAUGCUUGCCAUAGAUGCAGGCAAAACGUCAGGAGAGAAUGCUUCUAGAACAUGGCCAUGUAGCCCGAAAAACCUACAAUAACCCAGUGAUUCCAGACAUGAAAGCCUUUGACAAUAAAUAGAAGGUAUGAUUUGGAAAAUGUUGACUAAAGCACUUUUGCUGCGAUUGGAGUUUGGUACAAGUCAUCUGCAAUCAAUGUUUCAUUUGGAUAGUUUUGCUCUUCGAAUGUCAGUUCAGUGUGCAGCACAUCGUACUGACCUUGUUCAUUAGAAACAAGAGAUCCAUUUGGCUUUCUGAUUGCAUUUAACGCCGUCUUGAAUAUUUACCAGUAAGAGAGCAAAAAUGUUCUUGUAUGAGUUGCAAACAACUGAGGCCAGUUUAUCCCAUUGAAGUCAGUGAGAUAUAGCAUAAAAUGCGCUUUCCUCUUGCAACUUAUUUUGGUUUUUAUAAAAUAUAAUUUUUAAAACUCUAAAUGAUCAACACACACUUCUCUCACAAAAUUGAACUGCUUUUUUAUUCAAAAGACAUGUGAAAAGAUAAUAAAAUAAAUUUCCUAUUUUGA